AUGGCGCUUCCGAAUGCUUCACGACCCGUUUCCUGGUCGAAUACUACAGCAGCAUCGACAAGACCACCAAGUCCUGUCAACAUCGAAAAGGACCAUGACAAAAGUCGCCAGCAGUCGACCAUAGCAGACUACAAUCCAGGCGUCGACCCCGAGAAAGGUCAUCCACCAAAUGCAGGUCAAGAAGCAACACCAAACGCCACCGAUGCUUCGUCGCAAGAUCGCCCUUCAGCGCUCGACUGGGACAGUCCAGACGAUCCUCUCAACCCUCACAAUUGGAGUGCAGCGCGAAAGUGGUACCAAACGUACACCAUAUCAGGCAUCGCAUUCGUAGGAACCUUCGCAUCAUCCGUCUUCACACCCGCCAUCGAACAAUCAGCAUCAGACCUCCACUCCACCCAACUCGUCGCAACCUUCGCAUACUCUAUAUACGCUCUCGGACUAGCCUUCGGCGGCCCCUUCGCAGCACCUUUGAGCGAGACAUUCGGACGACGACCCCUCAUCUUCAUCAGCCUGCCCAUCUUCGCGCUCUUCAUCCUCGGCACGGGGUUCGCACAGAGUAUGGCAAGUCUGGUGGUGUUGAGGUUCUGGGCUGGUUUCUUCGCUGCUCCAAGUCUGAGCAUGGGAUCAGGCACCUUGAGCGACAUCUGGCCGCCUGAGAAGCGGUCUGGUCCCAUGUCGCUGUAUGUCGCAACGCCAUUCAUGGGUCCAGCUUUAGGACCGAUAUUAGGUGCUGCGGUAACGCAGACACGUGGCUGGCGCUGGACGUCUUGGUUGAUACUCUUCUUCACCAUUGUGCUUGUCAUUGCGCCUGCGCCGUUUUACAAGGAGUCGUAUAAGCCCGUCCUCCUGCGUCAGCGCGCAAAGAAGCGGAAUCUUCCUCUGCCGCGGUCGCCGACUGAAGGCAUGUCGUUGCCGAAGAUUGUCAGUACGUAUGCCACCAAGACGCUUACUCGGCCGAUGCAUAUGCUGCUCACCGAGCCGAUCGUUGCGACCUUCAAUACGUACUCUGCCUUCAACUUCGGCCUGCUAUACGCCUUCUUCGCCGCCUUCCCAUACGUCUUCGCAACAGAAUACGGCUUCGACAGUCUCUCCACAGGCUACACAUUCUUGGGUCUGGGCGUCGGUGUCAUCGUCGCUACCAUCUGCAUCGUCUCUUUUAGUAAACUUUACUACCUGCCUCGCGUGCGCAAAGCGAUUGCAGAGAAGGCUCCAGCACCCGCUUUCGCAACAUCACGACUCGCACCCGAGAAGCGGUUACCCCUCGCAUUUGCUGGUGGACCUAUCCUCACAAUCGGCCUCUUCCUCUUCGGCUGGUCGGCCGCUUACCGCGUCCAUUGGAUUGUACCGACCAUCGCCGAAGCUUUCUUUGGUAUGGGUGUUGAGGAGUAG